AUGUUGGCGUCAGGAAUCUUUAGGCGAAAGCAACAAAUUCGCACCACCCAUUCUGACCAAAGAAGUCCCUUUAUUACACACAUGGCCACGGCCACCUCCCCAUUCAAGGUUGCACACAAAAGAACCAGAGCUGCACCAAAACAUAACAGUGAAGGCUCAUCGGGUGAACCAGUCGGUCACGCUAUUGUGAAUGAGUUUUCCCGUUCCCUCGACCGAACACAAGAUGAAAUCGUUGAAGAUGCCUUCAAUUCCCUUAUUGAUGCCGAGCAGCUUCUUACUGAUAGACUUUACCACACAAGGGCUACUUCUAUGGAAAAGAUUGAUGAACUAGGGUUAAUUAAUCAUAGUGCUCUGGCUCCGUUUCGGAUGAUGGGCUUGGAGGGUUGGCCUUUGCCUGAUCGGAAACAGGCACGACAUGAGGACGGUUAUGUGGCCCCGGUGGGCGAGCUCCGCCAGAAGCUGAGAACCAUUGAAAGAACUCUUGAAAAGCUUUGGCAAGAAUGGUCUAGGAUUCAAAGCAAGAUCCUUUGCCUUGGGGCCGAGGUCUUUGGGUCGCGCUCGCUAGAUCUUUACAGUCCUAAUCUGCCUAGAUUGCUAAACAGAAAAAUCAACCGGGCCGUUGGUAGACAUGAGAUACAAUUUGUUAGGAGCGAAGGAAUGCGCCGAAUAGCCGAAGAACAACGUGGGAAUGUUGCUUUGAUAAGGAGAGACACGCUGAAGGAACUGGCAGUUCAAAAAAAGGUAGGAUGCCCCCUCAGUUAA